CUUGCACCUGCUCCUCUGACCUGCUCCACCUCCACCCACCAGAACCAUGACCUGCUGUGGCUGCUCUGGGGGCUGUGGCUCCAGCUGCUGUGUGCCUGUCUGCUGCUGCAAGCCCGUGUGCUGCUGUGUGCCGGCCUGUCCCUGCUCUAGCUGUGGGUCCUGCGGGGGCUCCAAGGGGUGCUGUGGGUCCUGCGGGGGCUCCAAGGGGGGCUGUGGGUCCUACGGGGGCUCCAAGGGAGGCUGUGGGUCCUGCGGGGGCUCCAAGGGAGGCUGUGGGUCCUGCAGGGGCUCCAAGGGGGACUGUGGGUCCUGUAGGGGCUUCAAGGGAGGCUGUGGGUCCUGUGGGGGCUCCAAGGGGGACUGUGGGUCCUGCGGGGGCUCCAAGGGAGGCUGUGGGUCCUGCAGGGGCUCCAAGGUGGGCUGUGGGUCCUGCGGGGGCUCCAAGGGGGGCUGUGGGUCCUGCGGGGGCUCCAAGGGAGGCUAUAGGUCAUCCUGCUGCCAGUCCAGCUGCUGCAAACCCUGCUGCCUUCAGUCCUGCUGCUGCAAACUUUGCUGCCCUCCGUCCUGCUGCUGUGUCCCCGUUUGCUGCCAGUGCAAGAUCUGAGAUGUGACCAGAGGCUCAGGGGGUUCCAGCCAAUCCAGGCUCCCAGGCUUGAGUGGUGACACAUCCCAUACCCCCAACACACAGUUCUGUGUCCAUCCCCUUCUGGAGUAAUGCAGACUGAAUCUUCAGGACCAGAGAUCCUGUUCCGCAUUUCCUGAUGAAGAAGGGAGUCACCCUCAUACUCUGAGCCAGGCAGGGAUUCUCCACUACACUCACAACCAAAAAGAAACUUCCUCCUUGCCAGCUCUACUUGCAGCCUGCCAUCUGCAGGCUCUUCAGUGACUAAGCUCCAGAAAAGCCACCCCUCAUGCACUGAGUGGGUCCCAGGGCUGUGCUAGCCAUCCUUCCCAACCUCUCCUGCUCAGACCUGGUCAGCCCUGUUCCCCACGGAACCUUGGGCUGGCACUGAUCCCCGGAGCUGGGGCUGCCCAGGUCCACUACACACCCUGCCCCUCGUCCCCAGGCAUCUCCCCCUGGCAUCAGCUCAUCCUGAUUCUUGGUCUUAUAAAUUCAACUGUGAGCUUUGUGAAGCUUCUAAAUAAACAGAUCCUCCAA